GCUGUAGCUGGCAGCCAAGAGCACGUGCUCCGGAAUCCUCAGUACUCGCGGCCGCCAUCGACGUCGCUUGCGUUCCGCUGGGCUCAUCUGCGCCAUUUGCCAGCCACACACUCCCCCGACAUAAGCCGCUAUCAUGGUGAAGCUUGCAAAGGCAGGAAAAAAUCAAGGUGACCCCAAGAAAAUGGCUCCUCCCCCGAAGGAGGUAGAGGAAGACAGUGAAGAUGAAGAAAUGUCAGAAGAUGAAGAAGAUGACAGCAGUGGAGAUGAGGUUGUCAUUCCUCAGAAAAAAGGCAAGAAGGCUACCACAGCUCCAGCAAAGAAGGUGGUGGUUUCCCCAACAAAAAAGGUUGCAGUUACCACACCUGCCAAGAAAGCAGCUGUCACCCCAGGCAAAAAGGCAGCAGCCACACCGGCCAAGAAGAUGGUUACACCAGCUAAAGCAGUGGUGACAACUGGCAAGAAGGGAGCCACACCUGGCAAAGCACUGGUAGCAACCCCUGGUAAGAAGGGAGCCGCCACUCCAGCCAAGGGGGCAAAGAAUGGCAAGAAUGCCAAGAAGGAAGACAGUGAUGAUGAGGAGGAGGACGACAGCGAGGAGGAUGAGGAUGAAGAUGAGGAUGAAGAUGAGGACGAGGAUGAAUUUGAGCCAGCGGUGAUGAAAGCAGCCGCUGCUGCCCCCGCCUCAGAGGAUGAGGAUGACGAUGACGACGAUGAAGAUGAGGAGGAGGAUGACGAUGAGGAGGAUGACUCUGAAGAAGAAGCUAUGGAGACCACACCAGCCAAAGCAAAGAAAGCUGCAAAAGCUGUCCCUGUGAAAUCAAAGAGCAUGGCUGAGGAUGAAGAAGAUGAGGAGGAGGAGGAUGACGAGGAGGAAGAUGAGGACGAGGAUGAAGAGGAAGACGAGGAGGAAGAUGAUGAGGAGGAAGAUGAGGAAGAAGAAGAGCCUGUCAAAGAAGCACCUGGAAAACGAAAGAAGGAAAUGACCAAACAGAAAGCAGCUCCUGAACCCAAGAAACAGAAGGUUGAAGGCACAGAACCAACUACAUCUUUCAAUCUCUUUGUUGGAAACCUGAACUUUAACAAAUCUGCUCCUGAAUUAAAAACUGGUAUCAGUGAUGUUUUUGCUAAAAAUGAUCUUGCUGUUGUGGAUGUCAGAAUUGGGAUGACUAGGAAGUUUGGCUAUGUGGAUUUUGAAUCUGCUGAAGACCUGGAAAAAGCCUUGGAACUCACUGGCUUAAAAGUCUUUGGCAAUGAAAUUAAACUAGAGAAACCAAAGGGAAAAGACAGUAAGAAAGAUCGAGAUGCAAGAACACUCUUGGCCAAAAAUCUCCCCUACAAAGUCACUCAGGAUGAAUUAAAAGAAGUGUUUGAAGAUGCUGUGAUCGAUGGGCGAUCCAUUUCGCUAUACUACACUGGAGAGAAAGGUCAAAAUCAAGACUAUAGAGGUGGAAAGAAUAGCACGUGGAGUGGUGAAUCAAAAACACUUGUUUUAAGCAACCUCUCCUACAGUGCAACAGAAGAAACUCUGCAGGAAGUCUUUGAGAAGGCAACUUUUAUCAAAGUGCCCCAGAGCCAAAAUGGCAAAUCUAAAGGGUAUGCGUUUAUAGAAUUCACUUCAUUUGAAGACGCUAAAGAAGCUUUAAAUUCCUGUAAUAAAAGGGAAAUCGAGGGCAGAGCCAUCAGACUGGAGUUGCAAGUGCCACGGGGAUCACCUAAUGCAAGAAGCCAGCCAUCCAAAACUCUGUUUGUCAAAGGUCUGUCUGAGGAUACCACUGAAGAGACAUUAAAGGAGUCAUUUGAUGGCUCUGUUCGUGCAAGGAUAGUCACUGACCGGGAAACUGGAUCCUCCAAAGGGUUUCGUUUUGUAGAUUUCAACAGUGAGGGAGAGGCAAAAGCUGCCAAGGAGGCCAUGGAAGAUGGGGAAAUUGAUGGAAACAAAUUAGUUACCUUGGACUGGACCAAGCCUAAGGGCGAAGGUGGCUUUGGGGGUCGUGGAGGAGGCAGAGGAGGCUUUGGAGGCCGAGGUGGUGGCAGAGGAGGCCGAGGCGGAUUUGGUGGCAGAGGCCGGGGAGGUUUUGGAGGGCGAGGGGGUUUCCGAGGAGGCAGAGGAGGAGGAGGAGAUCACAAACCACAAGGAAAGAAGACGAAGUUUGAAUAGUUCUUCUGUCUCUGUUUUUCCCUCUUCCGUUUGAAAGAAAGGACUCUGGGGUUUUUACUCUGUUACCUGAUCAAUGACAGAGCCUUCUGAGGACAUUCCAAGACAGUAUGCAGUCUGUUGUUCUACUUGGAAAUUCACAUAGAUAACAUUUCAAGGGUGAUCCCUGUUGGUUUUGACUGGAUAUUCAUAUAAACUUUUUAAAAAGAUGAGUGUGAUAGAGCUAACCCUUCUCUGUAAGUUUUGAAUUUAUAUUGUUUCGUCCCAUGUACAAAACAAUUUUUUUUUCCUACAAA